AUUACGUCUAUGAAGAAAAAGCGGGGGAGGAUGACGACAACCGGAAAUCGCCAUUUUCCAGUUGAGCUGUAACGGAAGAAAGAUCGAGAAACGUCUACAAAGGUACACCAAGAUGGGGAACUUUUCCAGCCUCUUUAAGGGACUGUUUGGAAAGAAAGAGAUGCGGAUUCUGAUGGUCGGACUAGAUGCUGCCGGUAAGACCACCAUCCUGUACAAGCUCAAACUGGGAGAAAUCGUUACCACCAUUCCUACCAUCGGUUUUAAUGUUGAGACUGUAGAAUUCAAGAAUAUCAGUUUUACGGUUUGGGAUGUUGGUGGCCAGGACAAGAUCCGGCCCCUCUGGAGGCAUUAUUUCCAGAACACACAAGGCCUUAUCUUUGUGGUGGACAGUAAUGACAGGGAGCGAGUGGGCGAAGCAAAGGAGGAGCUGAUGCGAAUGCUGGCAGAAGAUGAACUGAGGGAUGCCGUGCUGCUUGUGUUUGCUAAUAAACAGGAUUUGCCAAACGCCAUGAACGCAGCUGAGAUCACCGACAAGCUGAGCCUUCACUCUCUCCGUCACCGUAACUGGUACAUCCAGGCCACAUGCGCUACCAGUGGAGACGGGCUGUACGAGGGUCUGGACUGGCUUUCGAGCCAGCUAAGGAACGCAAAGUGAUCCAUUGUGCCGCGUCUCCAUCUGCCAGCUCUGCCUGCAGUGUUUCUUGGGAGGCUGCACAUGGCCUAGAUGUACUUCUUUACUCUCCUCUUUCCUCAGUUUCUUUUAUUUUUUAUUUUUUAUUUUUUAUUUUUUUUUGGAGCUUUGGCCAGUGCGCCCCUACAUCAGUGUACUGUAUGUGUGUGUUUGUAUAAGUAUUUUUGAGUGAAUGAAUGAAUGUGCAGAAGUGGCAGCAGUCCUGCUGUGCCUUGAACACAGUUAGCUCUCAGUCACUUCUCAUUCCUCCAGUGCCAGCAACACCCAAAGGCUGCUGGUAUCCGUAAAGCAAAAAGCAAUGCACGAUGCUGAGUGCUCUGUCUUCUAAAAAAGAAUGUCUAAGAAAAAAA